AUGCCGUCUUCCUCCUCCUCCACCGUCUCCGUAUUGCUUCUCCUCGUCUCUCUUCUCUCAAUUGCCCUCGCCUCCGAUUCGGAUCACAAGUAUCAAGCUGAGGAGCAAGUUACCCUAUGGGUAAACAAAGUAGGCCCAUAUAACAAUCCACAAGAAACAUACAACUAUUACAGUCUUCCCUUUUGCCGUCCCUCUCAAAACGAUGUUCACAAAUGGGGUGGUCUUGGUGAAGUUCUUGGUGGGAAUGAGCUCAUUGACAGCGAGAUCCCUAUUAAGUUCUUGAAGGAUGUUGACAGAAACGUUAUCUGUAAGCUUGAACUCGAUGAAGCUAAGGUUCAACAUUUUAAAGAUGCCAUCGAAUCUAGCUACUGGUUUGAAUUCUUUAUGGAUGAUCUGCCUUUAUGGGGCUUCGUGGGUGAGCUGCAUCUUGAAAAAAAUAGUGAAAACGCCAAACAUGUCCUCUACACACAUAAGAACAUUGUUGUCAAAUACAACAAAGACCAGGUUGGUUGUUGCUACGCCAUUAAGCAAUAA